UGACAGAGUCGCCCGCUAUAAAGCACCUGCCGGUCCUGCAGCAGAGACAAGAUCAAGCCCACCAUGGCCAAGGCGACGGCCCUCUGCCUGCUUCUGGUCCUGCUGCUCCUGGCUCCAGUGCUGCCGGCGCCACACCAGCGAGGGCUCAUCUUCAACUUGAGCACCGGGGAGCUGUGCCUGCAGAGCGCCCAGUGCGAGAGUGGCUGCUGCCACCGGCAGGAUGGCCUGAGCCUGGCCCGUUGUGCACCGAAGGCAGCAGAGUCCCAGGAUUGCUCCCCAAAGAGCAUCUAUGGGGUCUACUACCGGUGUCCUUGCGAGAGAGGCUUGACCUGUGACGUUGAUAGGACCAUCGUAGGCUCUGUCACCAACAGUGACUUUGGCAUCUGCACGGAUCCCAAUGGGUCACGGUGAAGGAGGAGACCCCCUGGUGCUGUCCUGCCUUUCCCCUCCUCAAGGAUGCCCAGGUCUGCCCGUGCUGCCCUGGCUGCAGGCGCGUUGAGUAAAGAGCAUCUGCUGAGCUGCAAA